UCGGCCCCCGGCCCCCGCCCACGCCUCCGCCCACGCCUCCAGCCGGAUACCGACAAGGUCCGAGCUCCGCAGUUUCCUAGGGGAGCCCCGGAAGAGUUCUUCGCGCCGCCGUUCUGGCUCGCUCUCGUCCCGGGUCGCGCUCUUCGCUUCCAGCCGGACGGCCAGCCGCUUCCCCGGCUUCUGGCUUCACCAGAGUGCCCAGCAGAUCCAUGACACAGAAAAGAGCAGAGCAUCUUCAUGUUAGAAGAAGAGGAUGUGCUUUGGUUCAGUCCCUCCAUCUGCUCUGUAGGUCCUUCCCCUUCCCCGCAAGGGGCACACAGGAGACCAGGUGAUGGCAGCUGCUCUCCUGACAGCCAGGCCUCAGGAGUUGGUGACAUUUGAGGAUGUGGCUGUGUAUCUCUCAAAGGAGGAAUGGGGGCUUCUGGACCCUGCUCAGAGGAGGCUCUACAGGGACGUGAUGCUGGAGAAUUAUGGGAAUGUGGCCUCGUUGGGAGUUCCAGUUUCCAAACCUGACUUGAUAUCUCAGCUGGAACAAACGGAUCUACCACUGGUCCCACAUCUGCCCCAAACUGAGAUUGAAGACCUCUUUGAUGAGAAAUUAGAUAUUACCUUCAUCAUGUCUUCCAAACGUCCAUCUGACGGUAGUGGCCCUUCCGAGAAAAAAGCCCAGCGCAAAUCUAUCUCUUUGGAAAAGAAAAUAGAGAUAAUCAAGCGAGUAGAAGCUGGAGAGAUGAAGAGUGAGGUGGCCCGUUCAUUUGGCUUGGCACAGUCAACCUUAAAAUCCAUUUUAAACCAAGCCGAUAGAGUGAAGGCUUCCGUGCACAAUUCCAGUAAUCUCACUGCUGCCAAAGUGACCCGAAUCCGAAGUAGUGUCAUGGAGAAAAUGGAGAACAUGUUAAGUAUUUGGGUAGACAACAUGAUGCAGCAUCACAUGCCUCUGAGCCAGGCGUUAAUAAUGCAGAAGGCUCUGAGUCUCUUUGAUCAUUUGAAAGCACAGGCAGGUGAGGAAACCAGUAAAACAUUUGUGGCUUCCCGUGGAUGGUUCGAGAAGUUCAAGAAGCGAAAUAAAAUUAAUAGCAUUCGCAUCAUGGGGGAAUCUUCCAGUGCCGAUACUAAGGCUGCAGCAGAAUUUCCUGCAGUGCUGAAGGCUGUUGUUGAGAGAGGGAACUAUUCUCCAAAUUUAGUUUUUAAUAUGAGCGAGACAGGGCUAUUUUGGAAACGCUUGCCUUCCAGAGCUCUCUCCCAAGAACAGAAGGAUGUUGCUGAUAGCUGUAAGGCCGCUAAAGACCGUCUGACCAUUCUGCUAGGCAGCAAUGCGUCAGGAAACAUCAAGUUGAAGCCUCUCCUUGUCUACCAUUCCGAGACUCCUAAACAUAUGAGAGGUUUUUCUAAACUUAAUCUGCCUGUUAUCUGGAAAUCCAACAGGAAGGCCUGGGUGACAGUGGACCUGUUUAAUGACUGGCUUGUUAAUCAUUUUUGUCCUGUGGUUCAGUGUUAUUGCACAGAAUAUGGUUAUGAACCCAAAGCGUUAUUGGUCUUAGAUGGUUCCAUGGGCAGCCUGAGCAAUUUUGACUCACUUCAGACCUGUAUUCCCAUCGAGGUCUUGUUUCUUCCCCCAAACACAGCCUCACUUCUGCAACCCAUGGACCAGGGUGUCUUUGCGGUGUUUAAAGCAUACUACCUCAGGUGUGCUUUUAGUCAGCUGCUUGAGGUUAACAGUAAUGAUAAGCAACUUUCAAUUGGGAAAAUUUGGAAGGAUUACAACAUUAUGAAGGCAAUUGACAACAUCAAAAUAGCCUGGGCAGAAGUGAAUAGCCAUUGCCUAAGUGGUGUUUGGCGAAAGGUGUGGCCCGAUUUAGCAGAUGAUUUCUUUGAGGUAGAGUCAGAAAUUUUGGCCAUUACCACAGAGGUUGCCCACGUGGCAAAGCUAGUAGGCUUUGAGGAGGUCACCCUCGAUGCCGUGCAGGAGCUGUUGGAUAUCUCUGGAGACACAACGAAUGAAGACUUGCAGGAGUCACCUGACCAGUGCUUCACGGAGGAAAAAGUCGACAUCGGGGAUGACAGCAAGGAAGCUGGCCCCGAGCGAAUGUUAACGACCCAGGUUCUGUCCGAUUGCUUGGCCGAGGUCUCUCACGCCUUGGAGGUUUUGUCAGAGAAUGAUCCUGACUGUGAACGGAGCUGUUCGGUGAAGCGGACAGUUUUACAGGCUCUGGACUGCUACUCAGAGAUGCUUCAGGACAGAAAGAAGGCUCGCCCGGCUAGCUUGGAAGUUUUCCUAAUGAAACCUAGCCCUCAGCCACAAGAGUCACAGCCAGGCCCAUCUGCCACCCUGUGCAGCUCAUGGCCCCUCAGCUAAAUACUCCGGCCAAUGCAGGGAAACAAGGCCAGAGUAAAAGCUGCUUUAUUGAUUGUGUGUGUGUGUGUGUGUGUGUUUAGUGAGUUGUACAUUUUGAAAGUCUAUGUUAAAUUUAAGACCUUGUGUUAAUGUGUUUUUGUACAGCACAUAUUGUUUUGGAAUUAAAUGAUGUUGGCAUAUCAUAAUUCCCUAAAUUCUGGGAUAGGAUACUAUCUAUGUACAGAGCUGUACAAACUGAAGUUUUCCCUGGCCUUCCAGGCUAAAGCUUUUGCUCCUGGAUGGUGUGGUUGGUUGCUGAGACCUAUAAUUCUGGUUUUUUCCAAAACAGACAGUGAUCUUAGAAGCUGAGAUUAGCCCACUUAGGAAAACUGAAUUACUCCUAUUUUUCUAGCUAUACAUAAAGACUACGAGAAAAGAGACCAUUUUGAGGGUUGGGGUGGGUGGGGUGGGGACUGGGCCUGUGAGCAUAUUGGUCUAGGGAACUCCUUCUACUAAUGUCAAGUGACUUGCCCAGGAUCACACAAGCCAGUAUGUGCCAAAGGUAAAAUUAGAACCCAGGGCUUCUAGGCUUUAAGGCCAGUUCUCUAUCCACUGGCACCAUUUGAAGCAAGAUAACCACAUGCAUCUUGAUAUAAUAGGUACUUGAAUAAGCUUCAACUAGAUUUCUCUUACUUUUAGUCACUUUAACAAAAAUUUUGAAUAUCCCUAUCCUCCUCUGGAAAACCCUGUAACUUCCAAGUACCUCUUUAUGGCUCUCAGCCAAGUACCUCAUUUGUUCAUUGAUUGAAUAUAGAGUGACUGAGUGCUUCUGCAUCUCCUGCAAUUCCUUUGAGCUUCCAGAGUCAUCUGUGGAAAGCGGUUGUGGGAGCAAAAUUGUCUCUGUCCUUUCCCUGGGUCAUAUCCACCGAAGACUCAAAUGGUGAUUCGGCCACCCUAAUUCCCAUGAAUUGUAUAUUCCCUGAGUUGGGGAGAAAUUGAUCAAAGAGCAAACUGUGGAAUACCUUGGGGUCCUGCUAGGUCCUCCUUGGAUUUCUGCUCUUAACGCCCCUUCCAUUCUGCGGGAGCUCAGGGCGGCCUUAAUGAUUCUUUACAUAAGAAUAAUGACUUAUCAAGCCCCUUUGCUGGGAAAAACAUUUGCCCAUCACCUGGCUGCCCCGAUAGCCACUCUUCAAAUAAUCAUUUUCUGUGGAAUAUCAGACAUUGCUAAGUAGCAACAUUUUCCAUUGCCUCGAAUGUUUCAGUCUCCAGCAAUGGCAUUUCAAGCUUUGUAACAGUUUAUUAAAAGCCUAUUAAUCAGCAUUAUGUGGUAUGAGAAGAUGUGGAUUUGAGGCCAGGUUCCACCACUUGUUACGGGUUGCCAUCAAUGUAGCCUUUUCAAUCCUUGGCGUCUUGACUGUUAAAAUGGGAAUAUUACUUGUCCAACCUACCUCACACUUUGAAAAUGAACAUGUAGAAAUGUGAGCUGCUAUUGUUACUGUACCUUAAAAGUUCAAAGCCAAUAAAUCAAUAAACAAACCUUUGUUAAGCACCUA